AAAGGCGUUUGUGGAAGAAAGGAUCACAGCACUUAAAAAAAGGGGGGGCGACAAACAAGCAUCAAUGUAUAUAUUUUACAGACGCGCUGGGAGAGAAAUGCGCGUCCGUGCCAGCUGAGCUCGCUCAUAAGUAGCUGGAUUUUAGGGCUGGGACUGUGUAAAACGCGCCGCCCCGUGAUGCGCUCAGGAGCAACGUCAAAGAAAUCUGAUUUCUCUGGGCGACUUGUGUUUACACAGGAGCCAUCCAAAGCCACGUUUUAGCAAGCAAGCUUGGCUGGGACAGUACACUACAGGACUGUUUAGCGUUUGACUCACUGCCCAUGCAAACAGUGGAGGAACCGAGCAGGCAAGCAAACUACAAAUACAUCACCAUAUAAGUAAAUUUAGUUGAAAUCCGUGAGGGGAAAACUGUGCAUCGGAGGGGAUUUUUUUUGGGAGAGAUUUCGGAUAACAUGGAGUGUUGCAGCUGAUCGACAGGGUGAGCACAUGUUGUGCACGUAGCUAAUCGCUUCGUUGUGUCAACUUUCACCGUGGAUGUGGACAUGGAAACUGUUGCAAACUAACCACAACUACGCCUGGCUUUGGCUGCAGGGAAUGGUGCAUCGGUAUUAUUUUUUAAAGUAGUCUUUAGUCCCGCAAAGCUUCCUGUCAGCGAGCGUCGGCCGAGAGUCUUCUUGGGGUGGGGUGGGGGGGGGUGGGGGUCGACAUGGAUAGCCAGGAUGAGAAGGAGAACAGCCCUCCGAAGUCAGAGAGGAGGUUCGCCCUGAGUUACAUCGGCUGGUCGUCGCUGGACAGGCGGACCACCCUACCCAUGCUGCCGUGGCUGGUGGCUGAGAUCCGCAGGAGGGGCGAGAGAGGCGACUGCGGCCCCGUGGUGCAGCCGAGAGAAGUUCAGCUGGUCCUCAACCCCCCCUUCGUCCGGUGUGUCCCCUCCAGCAGCAACAACUCCUCUGUUUUCAUAUUCGAGCACAAAGCGCAGCUCAUCUCUCGCUUCAUUCACAACAGCAAUGACCUCACCUACUUUGCCUAUCUCCUGCGGGGCCAGCCUGACAACCCCGAGUCCGAGAUGUCCUGUCACGUCUUUAAGGCCUGCGACCCCAACCAGGUCCCUGAGGUGAUCAGCAGUAUUCGCCAAGUGUCCAAAUCAGCUCUAAAGGAAGACGCCAAGCCCAAGCAGGAAGCUGAAGAGGCCUUCUACAACUCUCAGAAGUUUGAAGUGCUUUACUGUGGCAAGGUGAUGGUUGGACACAAGAAGGCUCCGUCCACACUCAUCGAUGAUUGCAUCGAUAAGUUCCGUCAGCAUGAGGUCGAACGCAAGCGCCUGCGGCUGCUCAACGGUCAGCGAGGGUCCACGGACAGUGCCCCAGUGGAGUUCCUCAUGGGGGGAGAAGGAGACCCGCUCUCCUCUGUUCUGAGUGAGAGUAUGGAAGAUCCAGAAGUUCUCGGAAUGGCGGACAUGACCGGAGGUGGAGGUAAAGCCCUCCCUAGCAGUGCCAGUCAAAGCAGCCUACGAGGAGGAGCAUUCCCUGAGUGCAUCCUGGAAGACUCUGGAUUUGAGGAGCCUCAGGAGUUUCGUACCCGCUGCAGUAGCCUGGCGGGGAGCCUGCAAAGGAAGCCAGGGGAAGGCGUCAUCAUGGGUCCCACUCGCCGCAGACAUUCUAGCGCACCAAACCACGUUCAGCCGUCCGAUGCGGACAAGAACCGCACCAUGCUCUUCCAGGUGGGACGUUUUGAAGUAAACCUCAUAAGUCCAGAUAGUAAAACAGUGGUGCUGGAGAAGAACUUCAAAGAUAUCUCAUCCUGCUGUCAGGGUAUCAAGCAAACCGACCAUUUUGGAUUCAUCUGUCGGGACCAGUCAGAGUCUGGUCCCAGUCUGUAUGUUUGCUACGUUUUUCAGUGUGCCAGUGAGUCCCUGGUAGAUGAGGUGAUGCUGACCCUGAAACAGGCCUUCACUACAGCAGCAGCCUUACAAAGCAACAAAACCCUGAUCCAGCUGUGUGAAGCCUGCCCCAUGCAUGACCUGCACAAGCUCUGCGAGCGGAUUGAAGGUCUUUACCCACCCAGAGCAAAGCUAGCCAUCCAAAAAUAUCUCUCCCAGCUGACCGACAAUGAGCAGGCUGAGAUUUUUGAGCGAGUUCAGAGAUUGAAGCCUGGCUCAGACCAAGAAGAGAAUGAGCUGGUGAUUCUCCAUCUGAGACAGCUUUGUGAAACCAAACAAAAGUCCCACCUUCACAUCGGAGAAGCCCCUCAGAAUGCAGCAAACAGCCCAGCAGCAGGAGACGGCGCAGCCACCAGCAGUCGCUUCAAACUUGAUAUUCUCAAGAAUAAAGCGCGCACCUCCCUCACCAGCUCUCUAGAGAACAUCUUUGCAAGGGGAGCCAGCCGAAUGCGGGGCCGCUUGGGAAGCAUGGGAAGCGUUGGCAGUUUUGAGAGACAGGAUGAGGAAUCUCCUGGUCACUCCCCUCCUGGUUCCCCUCCCGCCUUCCCUGACGACGACCCGGAGGCCGGCCUGCAGUUCCGUCGGCGUGCCCACACCUUCAGCCAUCCGCCCGUGAAGAAACGCAUCUCCUUCGAGGGACACCCGGGCAGCCAGAGCAAACAGGUCCCGCUGCGCAGACAACAGUCUGUUUGCCCAGAACUGCUGCAGAGCAGUCCCGUGGCUGUCUCGAGAACGCGCAGCGUUUCGGAGAGCGAGUCCUCCUUCAGCCUCCCCUCCUCCUUCUCCGCUCCCACUUUCCUGAAAAGCAUUUACCAGGGCUCACUGGGCUCCCUGAGCUCCCUGACAGACAGUGGGAGCUUCAAGAGCAAUGGGGAAGGCAGGAAGAGGACCCUGUCUGGCUGCAGCAGUGACUCAGUGAGUGGCGGUCUCCCUCUGACCCCACGCAGGGUCUCGUGGAGACAGAAGAUCUUCCUGAGGGUCGCUUCGCCUAUGAACAAGCCGUCUGCAUCUAUGCAGCACCCAGACCACUGCGAUGCAAGGGAGCUGUUGCCUCUCUCCCCUCGUGCCUUGGACUCAAGUCUGGACCCUUUUGGGCGUCUGCUGCCGCCGACGGGUGACCCCGUGUCCGGGGAGAGGCCUAAGAAGACGGGGCCUGACUACCGUGCCCUGUGGAAGACUGCCAUCCACCAGCAGAUCCUACUGCUGCGCAUGGAGAAGGAGAACCAGAGACUGGAGGCGAGCAGAGAUGAGCUGCACAUCCGCAAGAUGAAGCUCAACUACCAGGAAGUGGGCCAGUGCUCCAAAGAUGCGCAGGCACUGUGGGAGAGAAAACUGACAGCCCCAGGCAGAACGACAGUCCCACAAGACAAGGAGGAGAUGUAUCGUGCACUCUGCCAAGGUGUUCCCAAGAGCAGGCGUGGGGAGGUCUGGUUGCUCCUUUCCCAUCAGCACCGGCUGCGUCACAGACUUCCUCAGCGUCAGCACGCCCCGGACACCCCCUACCAUGACCUGCUGAAGCAGCUCACCGCACAGCAGCACGCUAUUCUGGUGGAUCUAGGCCGGACCUUCCCCACCCAUCAGUACUUCUCAGCCCAGCUGGGUGCAGGACAGCUUUCCCUUUACAACCUCCUGAAAGCCUACUCUCUGCUGGAUACAGAGGUUGGCUACUGCCAAGGUAUCAGCUUUGUGGCUGGAGUGUUGCUGCUGCACAUGAGCGAGGAACAGGCCUUCGACAUGCUGAAGUUCCUGAUGUAUGACCUUGGCAUCAGGCGGCAGUACAGACCUGAUAUGGUCUCUUUGCAGGUUCAGAUGUACCAGCUCUCCAGACUGUUGCACGACUACCACCGCGAGUUGUACAAUCACUUCGAGGAGCACGAGAUCUGCCCGAGCCUCUACGCAGCACCGUGGUUCCUCACUCUCUUUGCCUCUCAGUUCCCCCUCGGCUUUGUGUCCCGCAUCUUUGAUUUUGUAUUUGCCCAGGGGACCGAAGUGAUCUUUAAAGUGGCCCUCUGUCUGCUGAGCAGCCAUGAGGGGGAGAUAGUGGAGUGCGACAGCUUUGAGGGCAUUGUGGAUUAUCUGAAAACUACACUUCCCACUCUCACUCAGACACAAAUGGAAGAGACCAUUGCAAAGGUAAUGGAGAUGGACAUCUCUAAGCAGCUGCAUGCAUAUGAAGUUGAGUACCACGUCCUUCAGGAUGAGAUGUUAGACACUGGACCGUUGCCUGAUGAUUCUGAGCGGCUCGACAAGCUAGAGAAGACAAAUGCACAGUUGAAGAAACAGAACAUGGACCUGCUGGAAAAACUUCAGGCUGCACGGCAGAAGAUUCAGACGCUGGAGACGAGCGUAGAGAACUUCCUUUCUCGGGAGAGCAAAAUGAAGCACAUGAUUCGCUCUCUGGAGCAGGAGAGGGCAGCUUACCAGAAGACCAUUGAACGCAUGCGCUCGUGCCUUCCCCCCGACGCCCUGACAGAUGUGGAGAUGACCCAGAUCAAAACAGGACCCAACGGGAAAGCCAAAACUGCAGCCAAGAAGCCAUGAUGGCAACCGGGGGGUGGGGGGGUGGGGGGGGGGGACUGGCUGCUCUGGGCAGACACACAGAAAGAGACUGAAGCAAACAAAUGGAGACUGCUUUAGUGGAAGGCUGCUGAGCUCUACAGCUAUUGUUGUACUGCUGCACAAGAGUGGCAGUGCAUUGUAAAUGUGUGACGUCUGGACUUGAGACACGCAGACUGUAUGGGAAAAUAUCUAUGUGAUAUUUGUCAACAGAUAAUAGAGUGGUGGGAGGAUGGUUUCUGUUAUAUUAGCAAACAGACUGUUCCAUCAGUGGAUCAGAGCUGCUGCUCUGUCUCAUCUGUUUCACUGCCAGUUUGUAGGUGAGAUGAAGAUGUACAACAUCCUUCCCUAUUCAGAUCUCUUGGCAAUCACAGGGAUCUUUUCUAGAUUGACACAAGUGAAAAAUGUGUCAGCGUCUGCAAAUCUUUCUGAGCACUGCCUUGAUGUAUUUACUACCAGCCUCAGUAGCACCACAAAAGCAGUGAGCAGAAGGUGCCUAGUGGGAAACAACCCUUUGGACCUCAGGUUCAACAUAUAGCCAUUAUCAGUGUGUGUAAUCCUGGAGUGGAGACCCCAUUGUUUUUUGUUGUUUUUUUUGAACUUGUGUAUGCUGAUGUUAACUCUGCCUCCUGCUAAUCAUCAUUGCUUUGUUAUUUCCUUUUAUUCACUUGAAAUGUUUGCAAAUGCAAUUUCCCUCCAAAGUUCAUCGUGAUAAUAAUCUGUUUUUUCACCACAGAGGCAUUGGAGUGCUCGUCUGCCGCAUUAGAUUGAAAUUUCUGCAGACGUGUAUUUGCCGUCGCUCAUCUCUCAGAGCCGCACCACUGCCUUCACGUGAGCGAUCUUUAGUACAUGCACUUGCUGCUUUUAAGGAGGAAGUGUUUCUUCCAAAGCUCAGGCAGGAUGUGAGGUUGUCUGCCUUCUCAGUUUCCUGUGUGACUGACCGCGGUGUCGACUUGUUUUAGCACCACGCUCACACUGAGGCAGAGUUCACACUCCCCAGGAGGCACUGAAAAACAGACAAAGGUGGAGGAGUGAUCUGAAUGUACAUCACAUGUUCUGCUCUAAGAGUCUGUAUGACUUUUUGUUUUUGACAGACAUAGGAACAUCACCUGUUGUAGUAUCUGAAUGUGGGACUGCAAGCUGCUAGGGUUGCAUGGCUCAAGAUUUUAAGACAACACAUAUCAGCAGUUGCAUUGUUGUUGGUCACAUGGACAAUUCUGUACAGAAGUUUGCAGUGAAACUCAAGGGUUUACAGAGACUGCAAAGGAAAUGAGAAUGGAAAGACAUUUCACUUUCUUUUUUACAUACUCAGUAACACAUACAGUAUCUGCAGACAUACAUACGUAGAAGCUGUGCAUUGAAGUGGCUGAGUGUAUGGGCAGACAGGUUCAAAUGAGCUUAAAGAUUGUGCCUGGCUCCUCCUUUUUAUCCUCUGUGUCUGACUCACCAACGCCUGUUCUGAUUGAAAGAAGAACAGUCCCAGGCUUUCAUAAAACACCUGAACAUCAAAACCAAGGUGAUGUCACUCAAGAGGAAAAUCACUUACUCACAGUGUCUGUCAGCCUUCCUGUCCUUGGUGACACAUUCAUGUCCUUUUAUAGUUUUUGUUCUCAAAGGCAAGUCCUUUGGCAUGCAAUGCAACAUGUUUAUGUUUAGCAGUCCUGCCCAUUUGCGUAUAACCAGAGCACUUGCAAAGUUGUGGGAGCUAAUUCGCGCAAAGUUUGAUUGGUCGAUAAUCCGGCCUGACGUCCUCUGUUGGGGCGAAAUGUUCUGGUGAUGACUGAGGUGACGCUGUGAAGGUUUGCACCAAACCUCUCAGAAAUAAUAGAGAAACGAUCGCCUCUGAACAGCAGGGAUUUUUCCUCACCAGUUCAGCAAGUGAAACAUAUCAAUCAACAUAUCUUGAAAUCUGUUGAAGGAUACCCCAGGAUACAGUCCUGCUUACAGCUUUCCUGCUUCUUUUUGCCUGUUUUUUACUUAAGAGUAUUUGUGCGUCAUAGAAAUUGGCCAUUUAACCAAAGAUGUGGUUAUUUUUCAAAAAUGAAUUCACCCAAAAUGCUGUGAUAUAUUGUGCGUUAAAUGUGAUCAACUUUUUGUCACUACACCUGUUUAGCAUUCUUUAGGUUUGAACUGAGACAAAUGAUUGAAAUGAUACCAAAUAUUGAUGGUAAAAACUUGACACUAAAAAAAAAAAAAAGGAAAAAAAAAAGGCUAUCAGCAGACUUGUUUACUCAUCAUUACACAAUGUUUAUUUCUUCUCAGCUUAUUAAGUAGUGCCAAAAGUUAAUAAUGGCCUUUAUUCUCCAUUAAUCGGAGAUAUGAGACCAUUGUGUCGAUAUAUCUAAUUUAAAGCACUCCAUUGUAGUCAGUGAAGGGUCUUUAUUUUACACCAGGUGCUCUGAGUCCUGACUACUAAACAGUGCUUGAAUCACUGUGUUUUAAGAAAAGACGGUCAACAUGAGGGCUACACAAAGGAACUGUCAUGAAUUCUUUAAUAAACCUCACCUUGCCUUGUU